AAACCCCGUGCAUGCAGGCAAGAACUCGCGACGUUACGUUGCCGCCAUUUUGUUUCACCGGGAGUAAAGAAACCAACCGAAGCAACAACCGGCGUGAUUAUUUUUUCCUUUCUUUCUUUGAAGCACCUUCAACCGGCGAGGCGGCAUCGUGCACCUGAGUGAAGAUUCGCAUGAUGUCUGGAGACAUGGCCACAGAUCAUGUGAACGGCAACGGUACAGAAGAACCGAUGGACACGACCGCCGCGGUGACUCACUCAGAACAUUUCCAGACUUUAUUGGAAGCGGGUUUACCACAGAAAGUUGCUGAAAAGCUAGAUGAAAUUUAUGUAGCAGGCUUGGUAGCGCAUAGUGACCUAGAUGAAAGGGCUAUCGAAGCUUUGAAAGAAUUCAACGAGGAGGGAGCCCUGCAAGUCCUGGUCCAGUUCAAAGAAAGUGAUCUGUCACAUGUGCAAAACAAAAGUGCCUUUCUGUGUGGAGUAAUGAAGACUUACAGACAGAGGGAGAAACAAGGGGCUAAAGUUUCAGAUUCCACUAAAGGACCAGAUGAGACUAAAAUCAAAGCUCUUCUGGAUAGAACUAACUACACACUUGAUGUAACAACAGGCCAGCGCAAGUAUGGCGGCCCUCCGCCUGAGUCAGUGUACUCAGGUGCCCAACCCACCGUUGGAACAGAGAUAUUUGUUGGGAAGAUUCCUCGUGACUUGUUUGAGGAUGAGCUGGUCCCCCUCUUUGAGAAGGCAGGGCCUAUCUGGGACCUGAGGCUAAUGAUGGAUCCUCUCAGUGGCCUGAACAGGGGCUACGCCUUUGUCACUUUCUGCACUAAAGAAGCCGCCCAGGAUGCGGUGAAGUUGUGUAAUAAUCAUGAGAUUCGCCCUGGCAAGCACAUUGGGGUGUGCAUAUCUGUCGCUAAUAACAGGCUAUUUGUUGGCUCCAUUCCAAAAAGUAAAACAAAGGAGCAGAUUGUUGAAGAGUUUGCUAAAGUCACAGAGGGUCUGAGUGACGUCAUACUCUAUCACCAACCGGACGACAAGAAGAAGAACCGAGGCUUUUGCUUCCUGGAGUAUGAAGAUCACAAAACAGCAGCUCAGGCUCGCCGUCGACUAAUGAGUGGCAAGGUGAAAGUUUGGGGCAACGUGGUGACGGUGGAGUGGGCCGAUCCCAUCGAGGACCCCGAUCCAGAGGUCAUGGCCAAGGUGAAGGUUUUAUUUGUGCGAAACCUUGCCAAUGGUGUCACAGAAGAAAUCCUGGAGAAAACCUUCGGUCAGUUUGGCAAACUGGAGCGAGUGAAGAAGCUUAAAGACUAUGCCUUCAUUCACUUUGAUGAGAGGGAUGGUGCAGUGAAGGCACUAGAGGAAAUGAAUGGGAAGGAGCUGGAAGGAGAGCACAUUGAGAUUGUUUUUGCCAAGCCACCUGAUCAGAAAAGAAAAGAACGCAAAGCCCAGAGACAAGCAGCCAAAACACAAAUGUAUGAGGACUAUUACUACUACGCCCCUCCACCUCACAUGCCACCUCCUGCAAGAGGCCGGGGUAGAGGCGGUGGCCGUGGCUGCUACUCUUACCCCCCUGACUACUACGGCUAUGAGGACUACUACGACUACUACGGCUAUGACUAUCACAAUUACCGCGGCGGCUACGAAGACCCGUACUACGGUUACGAUGACUUCCAGGCCCCGAGCCGAGGGCGGGGUGGCGGCAGGGGCUCCCGGGGUGGGGCUUCCCCGGCUAGAGGACGCGGCGGCGCCGGGGCACCAAGGGGCAGGGCCGGUUUCUCCCAGCGUGGCGGGCCCGGACCGGGCCGAGGCGGGCGUGGCGCCAGAGGAGGCGUGCAGCCGAGAGGGCGUGGAGGGGUACGUGGUGCGCGGGGUGGCCGCGGUGGAAAUGUAGGAGGAAAGCGCAAAGCUGAUGGGUACAACCAGCCAGAUUCCAAGCGUCGCCAGACCAAUAAUCAGAACUGGGGCUCUCAACCCAUUGCUCAGCAACCGCUCCAAGGUGGUGAUCAUUCUGGUAACUAUUCCGGUUACAAAUCUGACAACCAGGAAUUUUAUCAGGAUUCUUUUGGGCAACAGUGGAAGUAGAACAGUAGGGCUUUGAUAACAAAAUCCGUGUUGUUGUUUUUUUGUUUUUAUUUUUCCUUUUUCCCUUUUUUAUUUAGAGACUUUAUCUGAUUGGCCCUAAAUCACAUCCGGUUGCCUGCCUUUUUUUUCCCUCAAAAUUGGUGACAUCUGGCAAGGUAUCUUUUUGUACAUAUUUUAAUAAUCCGCUUGGACUCAAACAGUAGUCACUCCCACCUGCUUCUGGCGAACUGGUUUUAUUUCCUUUUUUUCCUUUUUUUUUUUUUUUUUUUUUUUUUUUUUUUUUAAAAGCUGGUCAUUAAAAGAUUUUCCAUAACCAAGUUUGAAAAAAUUUUUUAGAUUGCAAUCAUGUGCUCGAGCUGUCUAUUUGGCUAUAGCUUUAUGUAUGUUUUUAGAAAUUCUGGUUUCCAUGUUUUAAGUAGCUAACAGCAACAAAGCUUAUGUCUCCUAAACAUGUAUUUAAAACAAAUGAAACUACAAUUUGUAUUGUCACAAAGUAAUGCGUGUCUUGUUAUUGAAAAGAAAAAAAGGACCACCGCAGUCCUAUUUUUUGGCUUUACAUUUUGGCUUGUAUUCUUUGCUGUUUGUCUGCUUUAAUAAACAUACACGCACACGUGUACAAAACCUCAAAUUGUGUUGCAAAUUCAUGUUUCGGCAAAUUCUCUCUUCAAAUUGCCUUCAAAUUUUAAGCUCCUUGUGGAAGAAAAUGGACCAAAGGUUUGCCAAUGUUGGCCACAUGCUACAAUGUCACCUUGCAUGCCAUCAAAUUCCAAAUCACCUACUUCUAUAGCUGGCAUCUCUUCAAGUGCUCUGUAUGUGUAGUGACAUACUUCAUCCUUAUGAGUUCCUCAUUUCAGAAAACAUUUAUCAGAUGUUUCACAAAUUGGUGUUCUAAAUUCACUGAUUGAUAAUACAGUAAAGAGUAAUAAAUAUUGCCACCUACAAGUCUGUAAUUCAAUUCCCUUUUGCUACUGGGGGGUUAAAGAGAAAAAAAAGCACAAUUUGAUUACUACUUUAUGAGAGUGAAGCUUUUCCUUGUCCCAGAAGGAUCUACCUAGCCGUUGAAGGCCUGGAUACUAAUCUUGCAUGUUUAUCCUGGAAAUUUAUUUUUUUUAAUACUGUGCUCUUGUGCAAUGGUGGAAAGUAAUUGGCAUGCAUGACCCGCUUGUAGUGCUUUUUGUUGUAUUCGCUUUUAUAGAAAUAGUGGCUGCUCUUAACCACCACCACCCCCCUCCUCUCCCCUCCUCUCUCUCACACCCUUCCUCUUCCUCCUCCUCCUUCUCCAAGCUUGUCCACGACCCACCACUGCACCCUAAAACCACUCGUUUGUUAAGAUACCAACUGGGGUCAGUGCUCCGUUUUGGCCCUGUCGUCCUCCUUUAAGGCAUUGACAUGUGCAUGUUAACUGAGAGGGCGUGGAGCUCCUCCAGAAUGCUUGAAUAAGUUUGGCUUCUAACGUACGCAGAUUCAUUUCUUUUUACCUAUUAAACCGGUAUCCUCUAUAGUAGCUGUGUGUGUGAGAGUGAGUGAGAGAGAGCGAGAGAGAGGGUGUGUGUGUGUGUGUAGAUGUAAUGCGAUCCUGUUUUCCAUUCUCUAAUUGCUUCCUUUUGUUACCUGACUAGCAGGGAAAAGGGGUCGAGGCCGGUCCUGAUGUGUCGCUAUGAAGACCUGACCAGUGUAUGGCGUUACACACUGCAGGCUGCCAAUGGAUGGGAGGGUAAGGUCAGCUGACUCAGUGGUCCAAUGGUAUUCCAGCCUUACAGGAGCAGAUCUCCCAAAACUGCCACGCUCGAAGAUAAUCAGAAGAGCAAAACUUGAGCUUGCUUGAGAAGCGACUUUUUAAAAAAAAAUACAUAUACACAUACCUUUAAACGCACCCCCACCCCCUUAUACAUCACGCUACCCUGUUCCUCCCUGUGCCCCGCCCCCCUCCCCUUCCUCAAAAAAUGCCAUUUUGAGACUUGCUGAGGAUAAAAAAAGUUCAUGGUGGGCAUCCCUCUGGAAAAAAUGUCUUUGCACUUUUUUUUUGUCUAAGUUUGGAGUGGCUCAGUGGAGCUUGAUGCUAAUUAAUGCAUUUUUUUUGUUUGUUUUAUUUUUGUUUUUGUUUGGGUUUGAUAACCAGCAGCUUUACGAAGGACUAGAUGUGAUGAUGUGUUGACUAUCUCAGUUAGGGUUUGGUGUUGAGAGAGCGUUAGUGUUGAGGUGCGACCACCCGCCGCUGGAGGCCGGGCAUUCCAGGAGAUAAAAUGGUUCUUUUUUUCAGAACUUGAGCUGCCAAGGGUUGGUUAACUACCUCAGUUUCGAGGACUCGCCCGCCAUGUCCCAAACUGUACUAAGGGAAACUGAGGCAGGGUUCGACCCCCCAUCCCCCUCCCCCCUCUCCCUUUAACCCCAAACCCUGUUUUAUUUGCCCCCUCCCACCCUUAGACAUAUAUGCACAAGCACCAACGAUGGAGCACUUGAUGAAUUUUAGCUGUGGAACGAGACUCGGUGUGCAGCCACACCAGGCAUGUUAGCUAAAUCCUCUUGAAAUGAGCCUGAACAAGCCUUGCUGUCCUCAUAAAUGAACUGUGAUGAUGAUUAUGUAGUUGCCAGAUUGUACAGUAGUAUGUUUUUUUUUUUUGUGUGUUUUUUUUUUUUUUUUUUUUUGUAAAACGUUUAACACCAGGAAACAUCCACCUCUACAGAGGAACCACAGUCUUCCUUUGCCCUCCUCGAUGGGGCAACGGUCUUAAUUUUGUCUUGGUUUGUACCCAUCAGUGGAAGGGCGAUGUCUUGAGCUGUUUACUCUGUACAAACAUCUUGCUGGUCGUUCAUAACAUUAAUGAUUAAUGAUAACUCACAUACGGUGAAGUUGCCUUGUUUUAGGAUUCCUGUGUAGCUCUGGAAGAACAUAGAAAAUUAUUUUUAUUCCCACUCCCUGAAAAGUUGGGGACUUCCACAGGAAAUAUAAAGAAAAUCCUGGAUAACAUCCUGUUGCGUUUAAAAAAAAAAAAAAUGAAAUUUUACUGUGUAUGUGGUUGUAGGCCCGCUGUCAUGUCACAUUUGUGGUUGUGGCAAAUUCAUCCUAGGGAGUGAAAUGUUUUAGCUAACAGUAAUGUUACUCUUCCACUAUACAUACAUCACACCUGAAGACUGAGCAUGUCUUCGGAGAUAGGGUUAGCGUUUAAAGGAAAAAUCCACCCUAAAACACGUUGGAAAAAAAGCCAUUGAUGAUGCACAUUGCAUUUCUGGGGGCUGUAUUUUUCUUUUUUUCUCUUUUCUAUUUUAAUGGGCUUCAGCCACUGACAGUUUCACUGACAUUAACAUCAAAAGAACAAGGGCCACUGCCAACCAGAUUAGAUUAAAAUACCUGCUUCAAGUGGGAAAACAAUUUAAUGAAUCAUCAAUAAACAGAGCUGCCAGUGUUCACUAGUUAGUCGGCCGGCUAAUUGUAUUUUUACCCAGUUUCUGAUUGAAAACAAGUUCAUGCCCUGCACUGGAAGUUGUUAUGAGGCAUUCUUGGAAAAUUGGAAAUUAAUUAACAGAGGCAGUCUGAGACAAAGUGAAUACAUGAAAAAA